CUUAUUUACGAUACCGAAGUCAUACGCAAUGAAAGCCCUUUUAGUAUACAUAAGUUCAUUAAUUCUCGGGGUUUAUAACUCUGAGAAUUUAAUUCCCAUUACUCGAUACGACUGUAACUUUGAUUCCGGAGACCUGUGUCAGUGGACAGACAUCAGUGCCGGUGAUUAUGAAUGGGUGGUCAGAAAACCUAUGGGAGGGGUAUUGCCAUCAGUUGACGGGUCAGGACGUACUUCUGGCAAAUUUGCUAUCAUUGACACCCAUAUGAAGGACUCAAACAUAGCGGCAGUGCUCACAACGAGUCCAUUAGUGGCCACUAAACCAAACUGUGCACUAAGUCUGCGGUACAGGAGUUACGUACCGACCAGUUAUAUCGCAACUUUCAAAGUCAUUGUACAAUUGCCUGAUAACGGGGGCCGGGAUGUGCUGGUUGAACACCAACUCCAUAAGGAAUGGACUACUCUAACGGCAAAUGUUGGACAGUUGGUUGAAGGUUCAAAAGUUCAAUUGAGUGGUUAUGGGGUGACCUAUCAGAAUGACCCUCCUUAUGCUGAUGUAGACAUCGAUGAUAUCACAUUUAUAUGUUAUAAUAUGCGAUACUCGGCCUCCAAGUCCACUAACACGCAGCUAUACUCCCAGAGCCUUUCCGCCACCUUAUCAUCGGUUGCCCAAGCAAUAAACUCACGCAUAAUAGGCACCGGACUCAGUGUCGAGACUGGGCUCAAGGGCGCAGUAGAGGGUGGUCUGAGCGCCCAUUUCCGGUGUGAGUCCCACGCACUUCAUGAUAGCCUUACCGGCCGACGAGGUCGACCCCUCGGCGUUAUACACGUGCCGCUGGAGUUCGGUGUUGACGGGCCCGGGAUG